GUGUCAGGUUUCCCUUUUCAAUUCAGAAGCUCAACUCCUUGUUUUUAAUCUAGAAAAGAGGGUGAAAAGAGCAGGAAAGGGGAGAAGAUAGCAGGGAAUCUGAGCUGCUGACAGCUGUUUUUUGUUCCUUCCCUCCUCACCCCUCUUUCUUUCACUCUUUACAGUGUCACAGCCGAAGCGAAGAUACACAACUAGCUAUAAAAUGAUAACUAUUCACAUGGCUUUAAAUCUGUUAUCAUGUAUAGAAGACAUGAUUGAAGAUACUGCAUCUCCAUCUCUCUCUCUCUCUCUCUCUUUUCCACUGAUGACUGUAUUUCGUUCUCAAAUCUCAAACUUGACUCUCUUCCUGUGACGUCUUGCUCACCACAUCCUGGUUCUGACUUCACAAGAUGCUGACAUAUCUGUAGUUUAACGGUUUUCCUGUCGAUUUUCGUUUCACACUCAUAUGCACAUGCUUCAGUGUGGCAUAUGUUUUUUCCCAACAUUGGUGCAACCACAUAUACACUGCAUGGUAAAUAAUUCUAUACUAUCAUGGUGGGGUACUGUCCAAUCUGUGGGAAGCCUGUCUACUUUGGUGAGAAGAAGAGGUCCUUAGGGAGGGACUACCAUCCUCUGUGUCUGAAGUGCCAGAAAUGCAACAGACAGCUCACAGCCGGACAACAUGCUGAGUAUGAUGAGAAGCCAUAUUGCUCACACUGCUAUCUCAAGAUGUUUGGCCCGAGAGGUAACAGGUGACGGAUUUCGCCAUGGCAUGGUACAUACCCUCUGCAGAACCUGGGCUGAAACCUGGGCUGAGCCAAAAUGAACAAAUGCAACUGACAUGCAGAGGAAUCAGUUUACGAGCAAAAAAAAAAAAAGGAAUUUGAAGGGAAUUUAAAUAUUUAUUAAUGUGCGAUGACCACUCGAAUCUAUGCGUAUGUUAUUGUUCACUUUUGUGAUGUAAAUUCAUUUUGCAUGUAGAAAAUUUUAAGUCAGUGUCAAUAAAUGCAUUUUUCAGCAUUCCUACAUCAAA